AUAAAAUGCAGAAAAAUUAAUUUUUAUUGAAAUCACAAGGGAAAGGAGCUAAAAAAAGAUGUCUGACGAGGAAUAUGAGAGAUUUGAGAUCACCGACUACGAUUUGGACAACGAAUUUAACCCAAAUCGCAAUCGCAGGAGACCAACAAAGAACCAAGCGAUUUACGGUAUUUGGGCUGAUAAUUCUGGCGAUUCCGAUGAUUCUGGACCUGAAUUGGGCGGGCGUCGUAAAAAAGGCUUCAAAGAUUAUUCAAAACCUUUGAAUUUCGUCGCCGGAGGGGUUCAACAAGCCGGAAAAAAGCCUCCGUCACUCGUGCCGAACCAAAUAAAAGGCAAAAAAGACGAUGAAAGCGGAGAUGAGGACGAUGGCGAAGAAGAACGUGAACAAGCAACGAGCGAAUCUGAACAAGAGGAAAUGACGAUGAACCAUAUGGCGGGUUUUCGUACGCGAAACUUCCGCCCGAGCAACAUGCCCAAAGGAAUGGGCGACUGGGAGGCCCAUACGAAAGGCAUUGGCAGCAAAUUGUUGCAAAAAAUGGGUUACGAGCCGGGAAAAGGUCUCGGAAAAGAGUUGCAAGGCAUAAAUGCGCCCGUUCAAGCUUUCUUACGUAAAGGUCGAGGCGCCAUCGGAGCUUAUGGGCCGGAAAAAGCAGCUCGAAUCGCCGAUCAAAAGCAAGUUGGCAAGAAAAAACUUGACGACGAUGAAAAGGAAGCACUUGAAUUCAAGGAAAAAAUGUCACAAUGGAAAGGCAAGGGUAACGACAAGAAACGCAAAGUACGUUAUGUCUACAGAACCGUCGAAGAAGUCAUCGCCAAGGGUCAAAAAUCGAGUUACGGCAUUCUGGAUCAAAAAAUGUCGAAAGUAACGGUAAUUGACAUGACGGGACCCGAAAAAAGAGUUUUAUCCGGGUAUCAUGCGCUUGGACAGGCAAAACACGAAGACGAUAUCGAGCGAAAGGAAACGCAAAAUUUCGCCUUGCCCGAGCUGAUGCACAAUUUGAACUUGUUGGUAGACAUGAGUGAACAGGAAAUUAUCGCACACGAUCGACGACAACGCGCUGCCGAGACACGAAUCGCCGAACUGGAACAAGAAAAGGAAAAUUUACACAAAAUUGUCGAGUUAGAGAAAGAUUACCUCACAACACUCGAGUCUGCGUUGGAAUUAGUCGAAAAAAUUGUCAAACCAACGGAUGAUUUGACACUCGAAGAUGCGGAAAAAGUGUUUAUUCAACUAAAAGUCAACUACCCCACGGAAUAUAAGGAGUUUCAAUUGCAAGAUUUGGUGCCAGGUGUCAUCGCGCCUCUCGUAAAUGCGUCGUUGCGACAUUGGGAACCUUUUGAAAAUCCAACCGAACCAAUUUCGUUGAUCAAAAAGUGGAUGUCUUUGUUAGAUAUCAAGCCGCAUGACUCAAAAGACAUCUUCGAUCCGUAUUCCGUACUUAUUUGGUCCGGCAUUAUCCCGAGAAUUCGUGCUGCUUCGGCUAAUUGGAAUCCCCGACAACCGCAUGAGAUGGCGUCGUUACUUGAUGCUUGGGCGCCCCUGUUGCCCGAAUGGAUUCUCGACAACAUUCUCGAUCAAAUGGUUUUGGCGAAACUCACGUUCAGCGUAAACGAUUGGAAUCCGUUGACGGAUCACGUGCCAAUUCACACGUGGAUUCAUCCGUGGGUUCAAUUGUUGGGCACGAAAAUGCAAACGACCGUUUAUCCGGUGAUUCGUGACAAAUUAUCGAAAGCUCUCAAGGCAUGGUCGCCCGAAGAUCGAUCCGCUCGUUUAAUGAUCAACCCGUGGAAAGGCGUUUUCGCAGCUGACGACAUGGAAGUCUUUCUCGCCAAAAAUAUCGUCCCAAAGCUGGAGCUGCGACUUCGUGAGUUGCAAAUUAAUCCGCUUCAACAGGAAAUUGAAAUUUUCAAUCAAGUUUGGGAAUGGCAUGAAAUCCUCUCGUUACAAGUGAUGGUCCAUUUAUUCGAUCGGAACUUUUUCCCCAACUGGAUGCAAAUUCUCGUUGUUUGGCUCAACCAAAAUCCCAACUUUAAUGAAGUGUCGCGAUGGUAUCAAGGAUGGAAAUCGCAAUUUAAUGACGCCUUUCUGCAACAUCCGCAAGUUAAGGAUCAUUUUCGACGUGCACUUGAACUUAUGUCACGUGCAUGUGGCGUCACAGCUCCGGAUACAGAUAACGUUCCAACGCCACCGCCCGCCCCAAUUAUCGGCGAUAGUUUACCAUCACUCAUGGAUAUUCGGGUGGGAGCGCCGCCUCAGCUGGAAUUCAAGGAAAUUGUGUCGCAACGAUGCGCGGAACGGGGAAUUAUUUUUGCGCCGAUGCCCGGCAGGAGGGAAAAUGGGAAGCAAGUUUAUCGUGUCGGGAAGUUGUUUUGCUAUAUCGACAGGUCUGUGUGCGUUGUUAGUCAGGACGGAGGAAAUCAGUGGAAUCCGAUGUCGGUGCAACAGAUGAUGGAAAUUGCGUAGAAAAUAUUUUAAUUGUAAAAAAAAGAUAUUUAAUGAAGAAAUUUUUAACUCA